GGGACUGAAAACCAAGUGAGGAGAUGAAGAAUUGCACCAUACUACACCAGAGAAUACAGACAGGAUAGACACUGCAGAUUGAUCUUGAGCAUCACCCAGGGAACAUCUGCACAACUGUGGGAAGGCAUUCAGUUCCUUCACACCAUUGCUCAACAGCGAGAAGGUGUGAGGCUGUUCAAAUGAGAGGUCUAUGAGGAGGUUACCCAAUCUUGUGAGGAUUUGGUACAGAGCAGGUGUACCUGCCAUACUACUAUUAAUGCAAGGCCAGCUAAAUGAAGGAGAAACCAUUCAAGUGUGACGUUUGUGAUCGAACUUUUGCAAGGUCAUUGACACUCACAAAUCACCGACGCAUUCACACUGGGGAGAAGCCAUUCAAAUGUGAGGUUUGUAACAAGGGCUUCACACAGCUGUCAGGCCUGGUGAAACACCGGCCCAUUCACACAGGAGACAAACCAUUCAGAUGUGAGGUUUGUGACAAAUCUUUCUCACAGUCAUCCAGCCUCCUUGUACACCAACGCAUUCAUACUGGAGAGAAACCAUUCAGAUGUGACGUGUGUGAUAAAGCGUUUUCAACAUUGGCAGAACUUCGAAAACACCAACGAAUUCACACGGGGGAGAGACCAUUCACGUGUGAUGUGUGUGACAAAUCGUUCUCUCAGUCAUCUACCUUCCAUACACACCAACGCAUUCACACUGGUGAGAAACCAUUCAAGUGUGAGGUGUGUGAUAAAUCAUUUUCGCGAUCAGGGAACCUCUAUGCACACCAACGCAUUCACACAGGGGAGAAACCAUUUACUUGUGAGGUUUGUGACAAAUCAUUCUCAAGGUCAUGGAGUCUCCUCCUCCAUAAAAGAAUCCACAUGGGGAAGUAACCCUUUGAUGUUUGUGAACAUUUUGCUAUGACUUUGUGAAAACACAGAAUUCAUACGGUGAAACUUUUCAGGUGCAACUUUUAUGACUAGGCUUUCCCAGAGUUAGGAUAUGUCCUUGUCCAUCAAUGUACUAACAUGGAAGGAAGUCUGUCGCUCUUACUUCUGCAAUAAAACUCUCACACAGUUGUUGGAAUUCAUCGAACAUGAGUGAACCCAAACAAAUUCCUACCAAUCUGGGAUCAGAGUGUUUCCCUGUACCCAGUCUCACUGUGCAGGGUGUUCAGUGGGACUGGGUCACAGAACAAGAAGCAACUUUCACUCCCAUCAAACAACUAGUGAUGACAUCACCAGUGCUGAGGGAUGAUGAUGUAACAAUGGAGUCACCCUGCAGUGUGAUGUCAGUGAAACAGGACUUGGAGUAACCCCCAGGCAGUGAGGACAACCUGCUGUGUUUGUAUCCAGAGGGUUUACACAAACUGAACAACUCUGGUACAGAUUUAGAAAUUUGUUUGUGAAGAUUCCUUCCACCACCUGUUUUUGAGAGUGCAAGAAAUGGUGGUGUCUGACCACAAGCCAAUUCAAAGCAUCUUUUUCAUUUCAGGCUAUUGUCAUUCAUUGUUUGAUGUGAGUGAAAGCAGUUUUUUCUUCUGUACCCAAUACCACUGAAAAUCCUUACCUGGUAUAGAGAUUUGCAUGGUGACAUAGUAUCUAUUCUAUAGGAUCGCCACAGGAUGUUUUUUUGUUUGUAGAGAUAUCACUCGGAAAUGAAGUACCAGGGAGCAGAUAGACAUUGUUGACAGACAAUUAUAAUUCCCCAAGACCCUGUGACAAAGUUUCUUGACUCUGAAUUAGAUUAUAUAGAGGAACCUUUACACUGGAAAGAUUAGACAGGUACAAACGUGGUCACCUCCUCGGCAGCUGUGUAACUAACCUCCUAAUUACACACACCGAAGCUUCACAACUCCCCAUUUCAUCCUCUGACAAACCAAUUGAAUCCUUCAUUGAUAUAUAUAUAUAUAUGAGACAGUCUUAGAAUGUAGCAGGUAUGUCAUGAAAAAGUGGAUUGUUGUCCAGUCCAGCAACUAAUGAUCUGUGAUUUUUGAGAAGAUUUGUAGCUCAGGUUGAGGUUCAGCUUAGGAAACAUUCUCCUGAGAGCAGACACAAGAUGAACAAUUUAUGGAAACUUGUGUAUAUACACUACAAAGAGAUUUGAAUGCUUAAAAGUAUCAUGUGUGCAAUAUGCAUAUGAGCAGAUAAAAAUGAAAAGAAUGAAUAAGAACAUGUUUUUAUAUUCAUGUGAUAGCUUUUCUUGAUAGGUUUUUAUGUGGAGUAACCUGCAAAUAACAGUGCAUAUGAGUUUUUUUUUAAUUAAUCAAGUAUUUUUGGAGAAAUACCUUUACACACAAUGUCUUGCUGUAUGAAUGUGAUAUUUGGUGUCAUCAUAUGUAAACACAGGUUUGAGGACAGUGACCAUUUUGUACACUAUAUGUAACAUUGUUUGAAGUUCAAAUUGCUCCAAUUAUUUCUGGAGCAACAUUAAUUUCCAGAAGCUUCUGAAACUGAUUGGUGAAAUGGAGGAGAUUUUGAGCAGAAAAUUGGAUGAGGAUUUAAAUUGUCAUUGUCCCAACUGAAUAAAACCUCACUUAUUGCAGCUGCUGUCUCAGUUCCCCUGGUAAAUGUUUGACAAGAGAUUUCUAGUGUGGAAAUAGCAUUCUUCACACUAAGAGGCUUUCAAAUUGACAUCAGUGUGGGAUGUGUAGCCAUGGAUAUGUUUGACAGCAGAUUAGAAGAGGAAGACACAUCGUCCAGUGUAGUGAAGCUGUGCUUUGGUGGAAUCAGCACAUGCACUGGAGAAGAACAUAGGAGUGAGGAAUAAAUGGGGGAUUGAGUUUGGAGGAACGUACUGAUCAGGGAGGAAUGGGAGCAAUUUCCUCUAUUCUUCUUCUCCACUCCUACUUCUGCUUUCUUCCUCCAUUCUCCACUUUGACCUGCUUUUGACCCCUUUGUCCUUAAUUCUCUUUUGUCUUUCCUGCUUUCUCUAUCUCUUCUCCUCCAACCAUCUCAAGAUCAAAGUGACAGAGAGUGAACCUCUUAAAAGCUAUCAUAAGCAGAAUGAAAGCAGAAACUCAAAUUAAUUGUGAUAGUAGUGUCGUUGUGAUUCUAUUAGAUUAUUUUAACUACUUUCCUGGUUUAUGUGACAGAAUUGAAAUAAGUUAUCAUCUGUAGGCCUGCAGUUUUCUGAAAUAGUUACUGGCCACAGCAUGGUGUCGUGAAUAUGACUGACUGUUGGUGCCCGAACACCUAAAAACCUGUAAUGUGAAGAGCCACCUCAAACAGGCCCAUUGGCAGAAACUCACCACCCUCAUUAUUCCCAUCAUUUCUUUGAUUGGAACAAGCUUUCUGUCUGAUGUUUAAUAAAUCAAUGUUGAACAUCACAAAAGAUCAAAUUUACACUUCACAAAAAAUCCAUUAUUAAUUCCUAAUGCAGUCAAUUUGAGAUGGAUUAUGCUGGAAAAAAACACAAACAUUCAGGCAGAACCAAUACACUUGUUGUUGGUACCUAUGUUUUUAAGGAAUUUAUUAAAUCAAACUUUGAAAAGCAAUUGAGAGACCAACGGAAACAUAAUGGAAUCAUCCCGUUGUCUUCAUGAUCAAUACAUUUUGUAAUCAUGAAUUAGAUAAUUUUGUAAGAGUUGGAAUAUAUUCAAAAUUUCCCAGUCUUCAUUCUUUAUAGUAUUAGUUUUCUUUUGCUUCUUAGAUUUUUUAAUUGGUGUGCUCAUUUAUAUUAAUGUCUGUAGUGGCUUUUGAAGGUGCUAGAUACAGCUAGAUACUUCUACUCUCAACUGUAGACAGAUCUCUACUAUCCCACGUGGGGAAUGGACAAAAGGGUGGUUGAGGAGAGGAAGGCAACAGUGACUUGUUAUGGAGCAGGCCAACCCUCUCCCACCCACUUCCCAAAAAUAUAUCAAGGAGUUAGCCUAGGCUCUAACUUCUUAUUUUAUUUAAAGACAACUGUAAAAUGAUGUGUCCAGAUGUGAUUCGAGUGGUCAAACUACUGGGCUUUAAGCAAAACACACUUUAUUUUAAUGCCCAGUUAAAAUAGAAACAAAAAAAAUUUACGGAACAUUAACUAUUGAAAUACUUAACAAAAGAAUAUGUUAUUUAAUUACUAAUAAUCUACUGUUCCAAUAUACGUAGCCUCCCAUAAACACACUUUUGGCAAAGGCAAAUUCAGUAAAACAUUGUUUCAUGUGCUAUCUCCAAUCCAGGAGAAAGGAACACCAAAACAAACCAUAUAGCAACAAAGAAACAACUCAAAAAUUUUAACUGCAGCAGAGACAGUUGUAUCUAGCACCUUCAAACCUCAAUUUCAGCUGAAAACAAAACUAAAACUUUGGAUCUGUGUGAGCAGAACAGAGAGAUAGAAGAGAUUACAGAGAUAAGAGGGAUGAGGACAUGAAGGGAUCUGAAAACAGGCUCAAAACCUCACAAAAGCCAAACACUGAGCUUUCCUCAAGAGUGGGUUAUUCCUCAAGAUUUAUUCCUGACACAUUUAGAAGUAUCUAAACAACAGUAGUUCCUGAGUGAAUGAAAGCAGAAUGGUCCAUCAGGAGUACUGAUUAAAGACAAUCCUUAAGAUGUCCAUUCCACCUGACACCAGGGACUACACCAUAUUUCACAUGGUCACUUGCCUGCACCAAAAAUAUGCCCAAUAUGGUUCCAACCGGGAUCAGGACAGUUGUAACAUUCUUUCUCAACAGGCAGUUCUGAGUAUACCUUGGACAAGGGAGACGUGUAUGGAGAAGUUUGGUUAAUGCUCACCCCAACCCUGUGCAAUGUUGUGGUGGCUGCAUUUUUUUUGGAUGGUGGACUUAAAUGGGAAAAACAAGGAACUAUAGAAGAAAAUGUUAAAGGAUGGAAAGAAUGAAUUAGCAGGACUCGUACGUUGUAUAUACUGCCUUUCUCAGGCAGUGGGAGUGGCUGUCAGACACCUUGCUCUGUGGGUUUAUAUCCAGGAACAAUUUGUCUUAAGAUAGACUUUUAAUAGGUUCUUUGUAUUGUUAAGGGGGCAUAUUUUUAAGGUGAGAGAAGAAAGUUUAAAAAGGAUGUAAGGGCCAACUUUAUUUUUACACCAGAGGACGUGGUGGAUGCAGGUACAGUUAAAACAUUUAAAAGACAUUUGGAUAAAUACGAAUAGGAAAGGUUUGGAGGCAUAUGGGCCAAACACAGGGAAAUGGGACUAGUUUAGUUUGAUAACUUGGUUGGUGUAGACUAGCUAGACUGAAGGGUCUGUUUCCAUGCUGUUUGACUGUGACUCUAAUUGUGUGUGAACAGGAAUACUCAGCAUUGCACAAUUUAUUGAUUAGUUCCUGGCCAGUGACUACAGCUUUGUGUUUGGAGAAUUCAGCAGGAACAUUCAGUCUGUGAAGGAUAAAACAGCUUUCUUGGCCUCUGUUCUGUAAGUGUAGAAGUAAAAGGACAUUCCAAGCAGCUAGCUACUUCCUCUCUGUGCAAAUUCCCUUCUUGGAAGGAAAAGGGGAAACCAUUUUCAGAGACUCUGAAAGGGUAAAACCUCAACCAGUGAAUGAAAGGGUGAGAAUCAUUGUGUCUACCUCCUAGUCUUCAUUGAAAAGUCAAAAGGAAACUGAAGAAAAGAAUCUCAGCUGCUUCGGAUCUGCACUGGUGCCAGAACUGUGCUUCACUGACUUUUGUUUCUUCUCCACAACCUUUAAUAUAAGAGAGUAAAGUCAACAUUGAUCAAGAGGACCAAAGGGCUGCUUUCUCAUUAGAGAGAGAUGACUAGUGGUAAUUUAAUCUGAGGGGCACCACACCUCAGGAAAGUGGUGAGUUUGAGACCUUCAUGGUAAACCUCAGCUGGUGUAUGAAUUGAACCUGGGCUGUUGGCGUUUCUGCAUUGCUAACCAGCUGUCCAGUCAACUGAUCUAAGCAACACUACCCUUCCCCAAACCCCAGCUUAAUAUUUGUGUCUUGUCUCUUUGUGAGCCUGUUUGUACAUUUAUGGGAAAUUUUUCAAAAGGGUAGAAUUUAAGUUGUAGUGAGUUCUAAG